AUGACGUCACAAACUGGCGUCUCUUUGGUGAGUUCAAGCCGGGUCCGCCGCGUUGUGACGUGAUAGAGUCCGCGGCCCCACCCGUCCGUUUUCUCCGCAGGCACCUGCCUUCGCUCUCCUCAUGGGGCGGGGCGUUGCGAUGAUGAGGGGGCACCAGACUAACCCGGCCCCGGGUGGAGCAGGUGGGAUGACAGAGCGCGGCUUCCUUGGGCCCUUCCAGAUGGGGGGCCCAGGCCCAGCCUCCUGGACUAGACCCCCGAACUUCGCCCAUCUAGAAUGCCCCCUGGUUCCAGCCUUUCCCACGGGCCGGCCCGGACGGCUGCAGCGCCACCUCCUGAGCGGCGAGUUCGAUCAGCUGCGAGACUUCCCCAUCUUUGAGAGCAACUUUGUGCAGGUGACCCGGUUAGGAGAAGUCGCCAACAAGGUCACCAUGGGGGUGGCAGCCUCCAGUCCAGCCCUGGAACUCCCAGACCUGUUGCUGCUGGCCGGCCCUGCCAAGGAUAACGGACACCUGCAGCUCUUUGGGCUGAUCCCCCUGCAGUUCGUCCAGCUCUUCGUCCACGACGAAAGCCGCUGGCAACUCAAGGUCAAGUUCCGCACAGGUCGCGCCUUCUACCUGCAGCUGCGGGCCCCACCCGAGACCCGAGACCGCGAGUUCGGCCAGUGGGUGCGGCUGCUCUACCGCCUGCGCUUCCAUUCGGCCCAGGGAGCCGUGCCCUUCACGCAGGAGUACCCGACGCUAGAGGAAGGCGAGGAGGAGGACGACGACGACGAGGACGAGGAUGAGCUGAUAGAGCGGGAGGCGCUUCAAGCCAUGGAAGCCAAACUUGACCCACAGACCUCUGAACUCUGGGGACUCUGAUUCCUCCACUAGGCUUUGAGGUUACCAAAGGACCAGAGAUCAAAGUACCCUACAUCAGGGCCAGAAAGAUGAAUUAUUAAAGUUAAUAAAGAUCGGCCACUUAAGAACCAACAACCAGGUCAUGAGCAGUUUUGCCAUCGUCACCGAUCCAACGUGGCUGCCUUACAGGGUAGCUUUUCCAGUAUGGCUGCCUCAGCACGGUGCUCGGCUCGGCGUGUGGCUCCUGGGGCCACCUCGAGACCUAGUGCCCACCAUUCCGUCCGUCAUGGCUACCUCGCCAGAGUAGCCUUCCCCAUCUGGCCUUUGGUUCCUCUUUAACUCACUGUAGCUGCCACUGCAGGGCCAGCCUGCCUCCCCACGCCCCCUCCCCAGCAGCUAGUCCGAGGGGGCCGCCUCCACGGGGGUCUUGAUCCACCUGUGACUUGUAAUUGCCAUAGCAACAUGCUGGCGGCCCUGAAGUAGCCGUUCCAAGAUGGCAGCCUCAUCAGGGCUGCCUCAUCACGGUUGCCAUUCCAACCUGGUGUCCCGGUCACCCACCCCCAGGCGACUCACCCCCUACAGGAAGAGGGAGGCAGGGCUACGGAUUCAAGAAGGACAG